UGUUGCACGAGGAGAACUUGGACUACAGCGUUUCUUCAAGCUGAAGGCUUCGGAUGGCAUCAAGCUGCGCCGGAAUGGGAGAGAGCUGAGCAGGGGUCAGAGUCAAGUCCAGUUUUUCUCCAUCACCUGGUUUGUGGAGCUGGUUUAACAUGGGAUGAGCUCCUGGCACCAGUGAGUGAAGAUGUAUAAAUGUCUUCCAAGAACACUCGUGAUUCUUAUUUGGAUGUUUCCGCGCUCGCACACACGUUGAGGGGACAUCCUGUUUACGGCCAGCUGUGUCCCGGUGUAUCCUGACUGAGAGCCCGAACGGACCCUGGACCCUGGAGGGGCCGGUGGGGGUCGCCUGGGAGAAAAUGCGGUGCACCACCCUCACCGCUCUGCUGCUGGGGGUCAUGCUGUACCUGGUGAUGGGAGCGCUUGUUUUUCUGACCUUGGAGACGCCGAAGGAGACCUCGGAGCAUGAACGUUUUCUCCAAAAGAAGAAAGACUUUCUUGUGAACAACACCUGCGUCACCGAGCUGGACUUCCACACGCUUGUCAAGGGAGUGUUUUCUGCCGUGGAGGCAGGCCUGGAUGUGAGCAGCCUUUCUGCCAACCUGACCACCCGCUGGGACAUGGCCUCCGCCAUCUUCUUCUGCGGCACCAUCAUCACCACCAUCGGUUUUGGGAACCUGUCUCCUCAUACGACGUACGGCCAGCUCUUCUGCGUGUGCUACGCGCUGGUGGGGAUCCCCAUGUUUGGCAUCCUGCUUGCUGGAGUCGGGGAUCACAUGGGGACGGUGCUGCGGAGAGCCGUGGCCAAGAUUGAGACCCUCUUUCUGAAACGUAAAGUCCGGCCCACAACGGUGCGCGUGAUCUCAGCCGUCCUCUCCAUCCUGAUUGGCUGUCUGAUCUUCCUCGCCGUGCCAACAGUCGUGUUUCAGGAGGUGGAGGAGUGGACGUUUCUGGAAUCGCUCUAUUUCGUGGUCAUCACUCUGACCACCGUCGGCUUUGGAGACUUUGUGCCAGGUGGGGGUACUAAAGACGGCAAGAUCUUCAAGCCUCUGGUGUUGCUGUGGAUCGUGUUCGGCCUGGCCUACUUCGCCUCCAUCCUCACCAUGAUCGGGAACUGGCUGAGGGUGCUGUCCAAGAGGACCCGCGCUGAGAUGGAGGAGUUGAGGGCUCACGCCACAGACUGGACGCAGAACAUGGACUUCCGUAUCCCCAAUCCGCUGGAAUUCAACGACCCGUUCCUCCUGCAGCGCCGACGCUGGAAGCGCAGCGAGCGCCGACGGAUUCGCCGGGGCGCCCAGUGCACUCUGGGAUACCUGGUUCGAGGUGGCUCUGAGAACGGACACCUCCCGAACCACUGGGCCGGUUUGUCCAACUCCUUGAGCCAACUGGACGCUCAGUCGUCGCUGGAGAACGCGGGGGCGACGAAGCCGAAGCCGCAGGGCGGAGCCGCCCCAAGAGCGGCGCCGGGACUGAGGGCCGACGUCCCCGAGGGUCUGCAGGGGCCGGGCAGGGCUUUUCCUCACCUGCUGGCCCGCUCCUUCUCCCUGCCCGUGGCCCGCUCCACCGCAGAACUGAACUCCGUAGGAACAGCCAUGCAGGGAGCGUUCCCCUCCGGAUCCGAGUCUCCGUUCGACUCCCGGUCAGAGGGCUCCUCGGCGAGCUCCUCCUUCUCGGGGCCCCACAAGUUCCCCGCCGGCAGCGCGGAGGAGGGAGGGGCCGCCUUCAUGAACACAACUCAGGAGACAGACAAAAAUGUCCCGACGCAAAACUGUGACUCUGUAGAAAAUCAUAAACACUCGUCUGCUCUGAGUUUCCCGCCUUACUCCGCCCCUCACCUCCCCUCCAUCCUCUCCGUCCUCCCUCCCUCCCCGGACACCGUCGGCGCUCCGCCCCCCAGCUGCCAGCUGCUGGACUUCUUUGGGGAGAACCUGGCGUACAUCGACGAGUCCUCGGACACGCUGAGCGAGCGCGGCCAGGUGAGUGAGGAGCGGAGGCGGCGGCCAAGGAAGCCCAAGAGGAGGAGCAUGAGGAGGCAGCUGUCACGCACGUGGAGCCCCCUGCAGGUGAGGAGGCCCAGCAUGCAGCCGCCAUCCAACCCCCCAACACCUCCCCCAGACUCCCCCCGGUCAGAGCAGCGGACGCAUUCUGCACUCUGACAGCAGUGCCAAAGUCCAAAUACGUGUGACAGUAAGACUAGAGACUCGAGGAAAUCGAUUGGACAUUUCUCACUGUCACGAACGUGACGUACGUGUGAUUAUUGUGACGGCAGGACUAAAGAACACAUAAAGAGGUCAAAAAACAGCAGCAGGAGUUCCUGAAUUGUGCCUCAAGACCAGCACAGGUGUACUGCAGGGAUGCUGCUCUGCUGUGUUCGGACUGUUUACAUGAACGUCAGUCAUACCAUCCCAGAUAUGAAACCAAAUUUACACAUGAUUUCUAAACGGACUCAAUUUGCUGAUUUUCAUUUAGACAAAGAUUUAAAAUUGUAUUUCACACUCGCGCACGUUGGCCACAUCAUCUCCACCUGAAGCCGUGGACACAGUACAACCACUCACAUUCUCUGCUACAGACAGUUUAAAAGGGUUAACUUCCACUGCAUGACUUUAGACUGUGAUUGGAAACACGCUCACGUACAGGGAGAACAUGGAAUCAUGGUCUGGCUUCCCUCAUUCUCUUCACACCAAUCGUUUUCACAAGCGUUGUUAAGCCGCAUUAUACCUACUGGGUGUGCACAAAUCUUUAAAGUCCAUUUAAUUUGCUCACCUCGACAUUAUUUUUAGUCCAGGAUCUUUUAAAUAAAUGCACAGGGAGAUAAAUCUAGACCACACCUGCUGUGAUCCAUCACAACGUGCAGCUGCCUCAUGAGUCACAGCUCCAUCCAAACAUUACUCAAAAUAAUUAUCUACUUUGUUCAGGCGGUUUUCAGCUGCUUUGCUCCGUCAGCUCUCAGCAGAUGUACUCAGCAGUAAGCCUCGGGUCUUAGCUGCUUCGAGGGUUUGACUUCUGGAGACCUGAGCUUUAAAUUCAGUGCAGCUGUUUACAUCAGCGGCGGGCCACCUCGCUUUAACGGCCACUUCCGCGAAAAGCAGGCAAUCUUUCAAAACGCUCCGUUCAAAGACGGAAGCAGGGUUUUAAACAGUUAAUGAUAUGUAUUUAAAGCUCUCUGGGGCCGACACCAAGUAGCUAAAUUGAUCGAAUUACACAUCAGGAUCUGGGUGGCAUAUCACUUUGGUAAGAGAAAAAUAUUCCCGGGGAAAACCCUGCAGAGGGUGGAGAACCUGGACCUCAUUUUACAGCCAUCGUUCACCGUCAGACCAGCUGCCACGCACAGGUUUACACAUCUCCUUACAUCAAACUGCUGGUUCAGGAAACUGCUACUGAACCUGCUCAGAGGUUAAAUGGGGUGAGAUGAAAUCAGUCAGACGAAGAAAAAGUGUUCUCUCUUCCUCUCUCUCUCUCUCUAAAAAGAGCAGCUAAAGCAAAGCUUAAGUUAUUUGUGAGUUUGUGGUUUGUACCUGCUCUCCUGCAGUCGCCGUUGGCAAGGCUCGGCCUGUGACCACUUCUGGUCUCGGCUGAUAGUCGCUGUGUGUCCUUUUAUUUUCCUACAUAAAUAAUUGUGCGGGUUUUUCACGUCUUUUAUAUGCAGGCUGUCCUCAGAUGAACCCUGCUGGAUGCGUCACGAUAUCUGAACGUGACCCAUUAAAGUGACGCUGAUCAGACCCAUCUUAACACACACAGUUAUUUAACAAGAACCAGACAAUUUGGGGAAUAUUGUGAUGUUCCAGUGGUUUUCCAUUAAUUUUUUUUACACCAUUCUUAAGAAUAAAUGGUUAGAUUUUAAAGGCUGUUCAUAAAAUUACUUCAGAAUUCAAUCCCAGUGUCAUUAAAGGACAUUUUAAUGAAUAAUGAGAAAUAUUUUGCUACUAUUUUGACCAUCUCCAAAGAAACACCUCUUAAUAUAACUUCCAACAAGUAUUCUGUUUAUGUUUGAAAAGGGACAUUUGUACCAGUAUGUGAUCUUUUUGUUUUAUUCUAAAGUUAAAUGCCUUACUGACUGUGGUGAAAUUCUGCUUUACUGAAGGCAGAGGGGCCAAACUCGACAUCGACCUUAAUGUUUAUCAGGACUUUCUCAUCCUGUUUGUUAUGGCUGUCAUGCAUUCAUAUUUUUUUAUUCUGGAAGAAAUGCAGAAUGCAGACUGCUAAAAGGACAAAUGCGGUCGAGGGUUGAGAGGUUCACGGAGAAGACACAAAACAGAAGCAUUUCUGCAGAGCGACUUUUGAGGGUCCACCGACACACAACAAUGCAGGAUGAUCCAUAAAGCUUAGUGGCUUUGAAACAACAUAGUUUUUUUGUAAAACCUUUAUACCCCACCAAAAAUUGGGCAUAUCGUGUAUUUUUUUUUUUA